CUCAAGGCCUCAACCCAUGAAGCCAUCAUCAUUGCGACCUGUGUUGCUGCUGCGUCUGGGCGUCGGGCGAGACUGGAAAGAGAGAGAGCCAGGCGAGAGGAGUUGACGAUCAGUCGACAGCCGAUCCCUAUUCCGGAUUCCCCAUCUCCGAUUCGGAGAGACGGAGGGAGCCAGCCGCCAGCUUUUCCCCAACAGACCCCAAGCAGCCAUCCCGCCAGACUUUGAAGGAUACCUGUAGAAUUAGCGUCUGCAAUGGACCCUUCAAUCAUGAAACUCCUCGAAGAAGAUGAGGAUGAAACUAUGCAUUCAGGAGCAGACGUAGAGGCCUUCACAGCUGCCCUAAAUAGGCAUAUCAAAGGGGGGGAUGGUUCUUUGUCUCAGCCGGCAGGUGGCGGGAACAGUCACUCUUCAAAUCAAUUUGUUGACUGGAAAAGCACCAAUCACAGUGAAAAUACAUCGUCUCCGAGCCUUCAGGAUUCCAAUGUCACACUGCAGCAAUCAUACAAUAAUAAUAAUUCAUCUGAAAUGGAGCUAACACAAAUGGGUCAAGAUGCUGAGAAUCAACAUCAAAAUGAUUCCUCCAAAGAUGCUGGUCAGCUAUCAACACAUGAACAACCUAUGCAGAGCUCUGAUAAGAAUGCUGUCCCUAUGCUGGAGCACAGCAGAACUCAAAAUCCUGACCCUCAAUAUCUCAAAGUGAACACUCAACAACCCACUUGCACAGCUAUUACAGGUCAACAUUCCAUGCCUGUUGGGACAAGUAGUCAGCAACAAAAGAUGACCAGUCAAACAGAAAUGGUUUCAAUGACAGGCAGCCAAUCUGCAGGCAAUGUACACCAGCCAGGAAAACAAGUGCCAUUUGCCAUGUUAUUCCCUCACAUUCAGCCCUUGCUCGAUAAGGACAGAGCAAUGCAACUUCAGACUCUAUAUCAUAGACUAAGGAAAAAUGAAAUUACCAAGGAUGGUUUUGUUAAACACAUGAGGAAUCUUAUAGGUGACCAGAUGCUUAAGAUGGCUGUUUUUAAAUUCCAGUCUCAGGCCGCUAGAGAGGCACAAUAUGGACAAGCUAAUCAGUUUCCACCAGUGUCUCAGGUUUCAAUGCAGCAACAUAUGCAAUCAACAUCAAAUGAUUCGAGCAACUUGGUGAUGAAUAGUAAUGCUCAAAAGUUGCUUGAGGGGGAUCACCACACAGAUUUACAUGGAUUGCCAGGAGGCCAAGUGUCUACCUCAAAUUUGGCUGCAAUAAAACAAGAAAGAGAGCAUCCAACAUUCCCUAUGCAGGGACUUAAUAACCAUCAACAAAAGCAUUUUCACUACCCCCAGGCAUCUUUUUCUUCAUUUGGGCAUAUGGGGAACAAUUUUCAUCCAUAUCCUCCCACUAAUACUUUAUCAAUGCCGACACCUAUUAAAUCCCAACCACAGGAUCACCAUAUAAGGCCAACACAGUUAGGACCUGGAUCUCAGACCAUGAAUAUGACCACCACACCUAAAUUUGAAAGACAGAAUUCUCUGGGGGAACAAAGGAGACCUGCUGCUCAAAUGACUAGUUCAAUCUCACAACAGGGUUCACCUCAUUGGCAAUCAGCAGGCAAUAAUGAGAGGAGAAGUAUACUCCCAUCACCCAUGAUAAAUGCAAAAGUAGAACCAACAGAUCAGUUACAUGAUCAGCAGCUCAAGUCUCAGUUAUCUUCUCCUUCCUUCACCCCUGCACAAAAUGAACCAGGAGCUUCUACUUUAGGAACUUUAAAUGAUGAAACUUAUGUCCAACCCUCUACAGCAGGUUUCUUAACAGCUGGACAGAGGGUAGCUCAAACUUCAGGCCCAAUGUCUACUCCAUCUCAUGUUGACACUAAUAAUUCGAUACACUCCAACGCACUUGCUGUAACAUCUCCAAGUGGACCUGGAAAUAGUGCCAAAAAUCUUUCAAAGAAGCCAUCAAUUGGCCAAAAGAAGCCACUUGAAGUACUUGGGUCUUCACCUCCUCCGUCAGGGAAGAAGCAAAAGGUAUCUGGAGGCUUUUCAGAUCAAAGCAUUGAGCAGCUCAAUGAUGUCACUGCUGUUAGUGGAGUUAAUCUCAGGGAAGAAGAGGAGCAACUGUUUUCUGGCCCCAAGGAAGAUAGUCGGGUUUCUGAAGCUUCUAGGCGAGCUGUGCAAGAAGAAGAGGAACAACUAAUUUUGCAGAAAAUUCCGCUUCAGAAGAAAUUGACUGAAAUAAUGGGAAAAAGUGGACUGAUGAAAAUGAGCAAUGAUGUGGAGCGGUGCUUAUCAUUGUGUGUUGAGGAAAGGUUGCGCGCACUGAUAAGUACUAUCAUCAGGCUGUCAAAACAGCGAGCUGACAUUGAGAAGACAAGGCAUAGAACAAUUGUUACCUCUGAUGUUCGCCAACAAAUCAUGGCAAUGAACAGAAAGGCUCGGGAAGAAUGGGAGAAGAAACAAGCCGAAACAGAUAAACAUCAAGACACAAAUGAACCAGAUGGUAGUACUACAGCUGAGAGUGAUAAGGAUAGGGAUGAUGGUCAAGCAAAGUCACUGAAGGUAAAUAAGGAAGAUGAUGACAAGAUGAGAACAACAGCUGCUAAUGUUGCUGCUCGAGCUGCUGUCGGGGGAGACGAUAUGUGGACAAAGUGGCAGCUGAUGGCAGAACAAGCUAAGCAGAAACGUGAUGCAGCUUCGGGCUCACAUCAUAGUAAAGAUUUCUCCCAGAGGUCAUUGUCUUCUUCGUCUAGGAAUCCUAGGGACCUCCAAGAUGUUGAAAGAAGGAGCUCAUCAACCUCAGUCAUCACACAAGCAAGUGAGGAUAGGAGUGGGGGAAGAAAUCAGAUUGUGCCCCAAACAAGAGUUGGCUGCUGCAGCAUUACUGUAAAAGAUGUGAUUUCUGUGCUCGAAAGGGAGCCGCAAAUGUCAAAAUCCACUUUGGUUUAUCGCCUGUAUGAGAGAAUCCCUUCUGAUGCUUCUUCGGCUGAUGAAUAGAUCUCGGCGUGCCACCAGUUUAUCUGGCAAACUCGUUUUGCUCAUAAUAUAUUGUCUCUGCUCCUUUUUAACUUGUUCUUCUUCUUGCUUAAAAGGUUCUCAGUCAUUUUGAUAAAUGGAAGCUGUAAGAACGUGUUUCUCUCCUAGUUAAUUGUUUUAUUAUUCAGACUGGAAAAUUAUAAGCGUGCUUUCAUUU